CCCAAUCCCUGCGCUGCGCUUCGUCCCGUCUCGUCCUCGUUGGAUCCAAAGCCCCCCCCAAGAGAGCCCCCCACCCAGAGCCUCUACCAUCUCCAGGCUCCCGGCUCCCGACGACGAGGAGGAGCGGCCCAGAGUCCCCAACCUCCAGACCAGCACCACCAUGUCGUCGUCCAAGGUCUUCACCCUCGAGGAGGUCGCCAAGCACAACACCAAGGACGACUGCUGGCUCAUCAUCGGCGGCAAGGUGUACAAUGUGACCAAGUUUUUGGAGGAUCACCCUGGAGGUGAUGAUGUUCUGCUGUCUUCCACUGCCAAGGAUGCUACUGAUGACUUUGAAGAUGUGGGCCACAGCACCACUGCUCGUGCGAUGAUGGAUGAGUACCUAGUCGGCGAAAUUGAUGCAACUACAAUACCCACUAAGGUGAAGUACAUGCCCCCGAAGCAGCCACACUACAACCAGGAUAAGACCCCAGAGUUCAUCAUCAAGAUCCUCCAGUUUUUGGUCCCCUUGGCGAUAUUGGGUUUGGCUGUUGCUGUAAGGAUCUAUACCAAGUCGGAAUCCACCUAAUAUUGUCAUCAGUCAUUCAAAGAUUACAACUGAAUAAGUUAGUGAGGAUUGCAUGUCUUGUAUGAGCGAGCUUGGGCUGUCAUGAAUUUGGAAACUUCAGUCUCUGUGAUGGUACCGUUACGUGCAACAUCUAUUGGUAAAGUGAGACUCAAGUUAAGUGGAUGGAUAUUCAGUUAUAUUUGCCUUAUUCCUUAGGAUGCACAUUAUUGUUGCUCGGUGCGGUUUGUUUUCUGUGUUGUUACCUGUUCUGAGCAAGAUGUGUUUUGCUACAUACUUCUACAGAAUCUAUAACCUGAGUUAGUUUACAGUA